AUGGCUCCCGAACGUUGGCUUGUUUCUCAAGGCUAUGAGGUCGUGUGUUUCCUCGGCAACUGCGGCCAGGAGGAAGACUUCGAUGCCGUCAAGGCCAAGGCGCUGAAGCUCGGCGCUGAGAAGAUGGUCAUCGAGAACGUCCAGCAGGAGCUGAUUGACGACUUGGAAGCUCGCCGAGGAGCAGAACAUCCCGUCAGCUCCACUCCCAAGGUCCCCUGGUCUAUGGACGACAACAUCAUCUACAUCUCAUACGAGCCCGGUAUUCUCGAGCAAACAGACAUGGAGCCCCCGAAGGACAUGUGGAAGCGCACAGUUGAUCCCCUGGACACUCCCGAUGAGCCCACUCGCUUCACCGUCCACUUUACCGAGGGUGUUCCCGUUAAGCUUGAAGUUAGGGGCAAGGCCGUUACUGGCUCCCUGGAGAUCUUCAAGGAGGCCAACGAGUUGGGCCGUGCUAACGGUAUUGGACGCGAGGAUAUCGUCGAGUCGAGGUUCAUCGGAUUGAAAUCUCGUGGUUGCUACGAUACCCCCGGCCUGACUAUUUUGCGCAAGCUGCAUCAAAACCUGGAGGGUCUCGUGAUGGAUAGCAAGGAUGACUGUGCACAAUGCAUCUAUAACGGAAUGUACUUUACAUCUGAGCGCAAGUUCGUUCGGCAGUCGAUCUCUAUCAGCCAGAAGCAGGUUGAUGGUAAGGUCGAGGCUCUAGCAUACAAGGGCAACGUCAUCAUCGUUGGCCGCUCCAGCGAGACAUCCAAUCUCUACAGCGAAGAAGAGAGCAGCAUGUACACUCUUGAGAUGGAUUGGAGUGUCGAAGACACAACUGGAUUUAUCAACGUGAAUGCUAUCCGCAUCGCUAAGUAUGGCGAGCCCCUUUCCAAGCCCCUGCAGAAGCUUUUGGCAGACUCGUCCGUGAGCUUGUUCUACCAGACAGAGAGAACUUACGGCGGCGGCGGCAAUGAGGGCGUCGCCCUCAGCCUCGGCCUGGUGUUCAAGCUGCGAUACAAUCAGUUUAACCGCGAAGUCGCUGCGCCCACGAAGCGCGACAGACGGAAAGAACUUACAGCAGCGGUAUUACAGGGUUGCCUAGGCAGUCCGGGAUUGGCAUUCAUGCUCGUCCACCCAGGUCAAGGGUGA